GCUAUUAGUCCACUAGAAAAUCCGUAGUUCAUUUACCUCCAUUUUUAUCUCACAUUAGACACUGCCGUAUUUCCAAAUCUCAUUAUUUCAUUAAACUCAGAUAAAACUCAAGUUGAGAUUUGCAGAGAGCUAAAAAUGAGUUCAAAGAGUGAUAACAGAUCCUCGUCUUCGCCUCCUCAUGUCGUGCUGUUCCCUUUCAUGGCAAAAGGCCACACCAUACCCACAAUCCACUUGGCUCUUCUAUUCCUUCGGCACGGCGCCAGAGUCACAUUCUUCACCACCCCUUCUAACCGCCCCUUCAUCUCCGAACAUCUCGGCGCCACCGCGGCCGACAUUGUUGAUCUCCCUUUCCCUCGAGUUCCCGGCAUCCCUGCCGGCGUGGAGAGCACCGACAAGCUCCCGUCGCGGUCCCUGCUUCUCCCGUUCCUCACUUGCACUCCGCUGAUGAAACCCAACUUUGAAGGGGCUCUAGAAGCGCUUCCGGAUGUCACGUUCAUGGUGACGGACUUGUUUCUUGGGUGGACGCUAGAUUCGGCUUCGAAGCUUGGGAUCCCUCGGCUCUCUUUCGGCGGGUGGAAUGUGUUCACCACGGUGAUUUAUGAUGAACUUGUGCUUAGAGGACAUCAUGUACUUUUAGAGGCGAAAGGUGAAGAGGUGUUUCACCAUCCGCAUUUUGGUUCGAUUGAGCUGACAGUAAAGCAUUUUGAGCCUCAUCUUGUUUGCUCAGAAUUUUUCGUGGAACAGCUUGAAGCUACGUCAAGAAGCUAUGGGACUAUAGUUAACAGCUUUGACGAGCUGGAGCCGAGGUUUUUGGAGUUCUGGAACAGAGAUUGUAAGCCCAGAGCUUGGUGUGUUGGUCCGUUAUGUCUGGCUGAGGCACCAGUAAGAGAAGCGGUGAGCCAUGAGGGGUAUAAAUGGAUGGAAUGGCUAGACGAGAAGAAAGAGACCCCGGUUCUUUACGUGGCGUUUGGGUCUCAAGCGGAGGUAUUGGAGGAGCAGAUUGAGGAGAUUAAGAUUGGGCUAGAAAGGUCAGGAGUUAGUUUUUUGUGGGUGGUGGGGCAGAAUGAGAAAUUGGAUGAAGGAUUUGAAGAGAGAGUGAAGGGGAGAGGACUGGUGGUCAGAGAGUGGGUUGAUCAGAGGAGGAUUCUGGGGCACGAGAGUGUGAAGGGGUUUAUGAGUCACUGUGGGUGGAACUCAGUGACCGAGAGUAUAUGUGCCAAGGUUCCUAUUCUGGCUUGGCCAAUGGGGGCAGAUCAGCCGCUGAACGCGAUCAUUGUGGUGGAUGAGAUCAAGGUAGGGUUGAUGGUGGAGACUUGUGAUGGAAGCAUGAGAGGGUUUGUCAAGGGGGAAGGUUUGGAGAGAAUGGUGAGAGAGUUGAUGGAGGGAGAGAGAGGGGAGAUUGUGAGGAAAAGAGUGGAGGAAGUGGGGGAGUUGGCGAUCAAGGCAGUGGAAGAAGGAGGUUCUUCUUGGGUAAACAUGAGUGAGCUCAUUGCACAAAUGCAUGUCCGCAAAGAUUCAUAAGGAACAAUCUUCAGUAGGCAAAUGUUUAACAGAGACAUAAGAGCAACUCGGAGGGCAAUAUGUAUAAUAGUUGGCUAUUUUAUUGCCUAUAUUGAAUAUGUAAAUUUUUUGCUAAGGGUUCUAAUGAUUACUCCAA